UAAUAUUUUCUAGAGCUGUAUACAUAGCUAAAUAUAAGCUAAAGUCUGCAGUGUAGCAAUAUUAAAUCAUUUAUUGCAGAUUUAUUGCAGUCCAAUAGAUCACAUCUAUAAAAAUGAUAAUGUGUUCAUGUCAGUCUGGACUUUGGCAUUUGACUGUCUGAAUGAACAUGAGAAAGUAAAUGUUACUAGAGUUAAAAAGACUCACUCUAAAUGGGAUAUAUUUUGGGAGGAGGAGAGGCACUUAUGGAAGAAACACAUGAUGUUAUGAAGUAAGACCGGAUUACAUGGAGGAUGGAAGCUUCUGCUCCAGCUUUCCCUGAUCAAGUCCAGACCAACAUCUCAGCUGAGUCAGGAGGAACCGUCUGCGCUCCUGUGCUCCUUGGAAAUCUUUUUCAAGGUCAAGUUGUAUUUAACAUACAAGCAGCUCAGGAAGAAUGCAGUCCUAACAUAAGCACAACUUGCUCUGUUGAUUCUCCUGGACCUGAUGAAGACCUGAUCCCUUUAUGUAAACAAAAACACAAAUCCAACUUGCUGAAGAAAUUCAAGAAAAUUCACGAGGGACUAUCCAGUCAAGAAAGCACAAUAAACCUGAAUGAGAUUUACACCGAGCUCUACAUCACAGAGGGAGGGAGUGGAGAGGUCAAUAACGAACAUGAGAUCAGACAGAUUGAGAUGUACAGGAGACAACCAACACAGGAGACACCCAUCAACUGCAAUGAUAUAUUUAAACAUUUACCAGAACAAGAGAAAAGUAUUAGGACUGUACUGACAAGAGGAGUUGCUGGAAUCGGAAAAACAGUGUCUGUGCAGAAGUUCAUUCUGGAUUGGGUUGAGGGAAAAGCAAAUCAAGAUGUCUGCUUCAUAUUUCCAAUGCCUUUUAGAGAGCUGAACUUGAUUAAGAGGAACCAGCUCAGUUUGAUGAGUCUUCUUCGUCGCUUUUUCCCAGAAACUGAAAAAAUAGCAUUAUUCAACGAUAAUGCUUUCAAAGUCUUAUUUGUCUUUGAUGGACUGGAUGAAUGUCGCCUUCCUCUGGAUUUCCAGAAUAAUGAGACGUUGUUUGAUGUAACAGAGUCAGCCUCCAUAGAUGUCCUGCUGACAAACCUCAUCAAGGGGAAUCUGCUUCCUUCUGCACUCAUCUGGAUUACAUCUCGACCAGCAGCAGCCAAUCAGGUCAUUCUUCAGUACAUUAAUCAGGUAACAGAGAUCCGAGGGUUUAGUGAUCCUCAGAAAGAGGAAUACUUCAGGAAAAGGAUCAGUAAUGAGAGUCUUGCUGAACAAAUCAUUACACACAUUAAAUCCUGCAGAAGCCUCUACAUCAUGUGCCACAUCCCAGUCUUCUGUUGGAUUGCAGCCACUGUUCUAGAAGAGAUGUUGAGAGAGAUGGAGAGUGGAGACAUUCCAAAAACGCUGACUCAAAUGUUCAUACACUUCCUGAACUUCCAGAUCAAACACAGAAGCCAGAAAUAUGAAGGAAAUUGCUACUUUGAUCUUCAUCGGACUAGAGAGAGAAUUCUGGCACUGGGAAAACUGGCUUUCCAACAGCUAGAAAAAGGCAACUUAAUCUUCUAUGCAGAAGAUCUGAAAGAGUGUGGUGUUGAUGCCACAGAAGGAUCUGUGAACUCAGGAAUGCACACACAAAUUUUCAGAAAGGAAUUUGAGCUCGAUCGAGUGUUCACCUUUGUGCAUCUGAGCAUUCAAGAGUUUCUUGCAGCUUUGUAUGCAUUUCUCUCCUUCAUCCUUAACAAUGAAAAUGUCUUGAAGGAUAAUAAAGACAUUGGAGUCCCUGAUCUGUUCCGAAAAUCAAACAUGACCGCAUUUCUCAAGACUGCUGUGAAAAAAGCCUUACAGAGUCAGAACGGACACCUGGACCUCUUCCUCCGAUUGCUUCUGGGCCUCUCAGUGGAGUCCAAUCAGACUCUCAUACGAGGCCUACUGACACAAAGAGCAAGCAGCUCUGACAACACAAAUGAAACAAUCAAGUACAUCAAGAAGAAGAUCAGAGAGAAUCCCUCUCCAGAGAAGUCCAUCAACCUGUUCCACUGCCUGAACGAACUGAAUGAUCAUUCUCUAGUGCAGGAAGUCCAAACCUACCUGAACAGGAAAGGUGACGAGCGCAUCCAGGGGGUUAAACUCUCGGCAGCUCAGUGGUCAGCUCUGGUGUUUGUGUUGCUGAACUCUGAAGAGGAGCUGGGUGACUUUGACCUGAGUAAAUAUCACGCGUCAGAGGAUUGUCAACUAAAGCUGUUACCUGUGGUCAGAGCAUCAAAGAAUGCAGUGCUGUCUGAGUGCAAUCUCACAGAGAAAAGCUGUGUAUCUCUUGCCUCAGCUCUCAGCUCUAACUCCUCAUGUCUGAGAGAGCUAAACCUCAGGGGCAAUAAACUUCAGGACUUAGGAGUGAAGCUGCUCUCUGCUGGCCUAGCAAGUCCCCACUGUAAACUGGAAAUACUGCGGCUGGGACAUUGCGGUAUCACAGAGGAAGGCUGUGUUGCUCUGGCUAAAGCUCUGACAUCAAAUCCUUCACAUCUAAGAGAGCUGAAUUUAAACAACAAUAAUCCAGGAGAGUCAGGAUUAAAGGAGCUGUUUGAUCUACUGAAGGAUCCCCACUGUCAAUUAGAGACACUACAGCUGUGUAACUGCUGUAUCAGAGAGCAAGACUGUGCAGCUCUGGGUAAAUCUUUAAAAUCAAACCCCUCGUCAACCCUGAAAAAUCUGAAUUUCAGCUGGAAUAAAAUAGGAGAUUUAGGACUAAAAUUUCUCUCUGAUUUACUGGAAGAGCCACACUGUAAAAUACAGGAACUGCAGCUGGAAUGCUGCAGUAUCACAGAGGAAGGCUGUGCUGCUCUGAUUAAAGCUCUGAAAUCGAACUCUUCAAAUCUGAGAAAACUGAAUCUGAUCUAUAAUCUACCAGCAGAGUUAGGAAUGAAGGAACUCUCUGAUCUACGGGACAAUCCACACUGUAAACUAGAAACACUGCAGCUGUGUGGUCCAUCCCAUCUCCAAGAUCUGAAUCUGAGUUUCAAGAAACUAGGGGACUCGGGAGUGCAGGUGCUCUGUGAUCUGUUGAAAGAUCCACACUGUAAAACGGAAAAACUACAGCUGUGUGAUUGUAAUCUCACUGAGAAGAGCUGUGCACAUCUCACCUCAGCUCUCAGCUCAAACUCCUCAAGUCUGAGAGAGUUGAUAUUAAGUAUAAAUAAAUUACAGGAUUCAGGAGUGAAGAUGCUCUCUGUUGGAUUAAUGAAUCCUCACUGUAAACUGGAGAAACUGAGGUUGUGGGAUUGUAGUCUUACAGACAAAAGCUGUGCUGCUUUGGCCUCAUUUUUCAGCACGAACUCCUCGAGUCUGAAAGAACUCACUUUAUGUGAAAAUGAGAAACUGCGAGAUACAGGAGUAAAGCUACUCUGUGCUGGACUGAGGAAUCCUCACUGUAAAUUGGAACAAUUAGAUCUGUUUAGCUGUAAUCUCACAGGGAAAAGCUGUGCAUUUCUGGCCUCUGCGCUGAGCUAUGAGUUCUCAAGUCUAAGAAAACUUAAUCUGGAUCACAAUGAAAUGGAGGAUUCAGGAGUGAAACUGCUUUUCUCUGCCCUGGAGAAUCCACACUGCAAACUAGAGCGGCUGAGCUUGAUUAACUGUUCUCUCACAGACGACUGCUGUGCUGCUCUGGCCUCUGCACUCAGCUCAAAGUUCUUAAGGUUGACAUUCCUAAACCUGAGUGCUAACUACCUGGGAGAUUCAGGAGUGAAGCUGCUAUCUUCUGGACUGGAGAAUCCAAACUGCAAAUUGGAAGCACUAUUGCUGACAUACUGCAUGUUUAGCAAAGAGAGCUGUGCUGCUCUGGUUUUUGCUCUGAAGUUAAACCCCUCACAUUUGAACACACUGAAUCUGAGCCGCAAUAAAAUAACCGACUCAGGAAUUAAGCUGCUGUCUGUUCUGUUGGAGGAUCCAUGCUGUAAACUGGAGAAACUAGUGCUUUAUACCUGCAAUAUCACAGAGAAAAGCUGUGCAGUUCUGGCUGCAGCUCUCAGCUCACAUUCUUCAAGUUUAAAAGAACUGGACCUCAGCAGAAAUGACCUUCGCGAUUCAGGAGUGAAGUUACUCUCCAAUGGACUAAAGAAUCAACACUGUAAACUGGAGACACUGAACCUGCAGAGGUGUAAUCUUACGAAAGAAAGCUGUACAGUUCUGGCCUCAGCUCUCAGUUCAAGUUCCUCAACUCUGAAAAGACUGGAUCUGAGUAAGAAUGAACUGCAGGACUCAGGAGUGAAGCUACUUUCUACUGGACUGGAAAAUCCUCACUGUAAACUGGAGAAACUUGAACUGAAGAGGUGUAAUCUUACAGAAGAAAGCUGUGCAGUUCUGGCCUCGGCUCUCAGCUCAAACUCCUCAAAUCUGAAAGAACUGGACCUGAGUAACAAUGAACUGCUGGAUUUAGGAGUGAAGCUGCUCUGUACUGGACUGGAAAAUCCUCACUGUAAACUGGAGAAACUAGAACUGGACUUCUGCAGUAUCACAGAAGAAGGCUGUGCUGCUCUAGCUAAAGCUCUGAAGUUAAACCUCUCAUCACGCUUGAGAGAACUGUCUUUAGUCUACAAUAAACCAGGAGAUUCAGGAGUGAAAGAGCUCUCUAAUCUACUGUAUGAUGGUCAAUGCAAAUUGGAACAACUAGACACCAGGCCAUAAUCUAAUUAAGACAGAACCUCUUUGUUCCACACAAAGAAAGCUGGAAAAUGAAAAUGAAAAAUAGUUCUCUGAUUUCACAGAUUCAUCAGAUUAUAUCAUGCUUUAAAUGUUCCUUACAAUUUCUCUGGAUUACAAACAAAUUAGCAAAUAGAAAUACUUUUCUGGGCUCUACCUGUAUCACAGAUAUAAACUGUCAUUAUGUUUCCCUGUAUGUACUUAUGUAUUUAUCUUUCUUCAGAACACAAUCCAGAACCCAUUGUUUACUAGCGCAUGAUAAGCCACAUUUGCCUAAAAUUCCACCAGCAAUACAUUAAAAUAUCUUAUUCAACAUCUUAUUUUUCAACAGGCAUAUUUGUGUUAUGUGUAUCAGGUGUGAAUAGAAGUGAUUUUAUAUAUGUAUGUCUUAUGGUUGUGUUAAAAUAACAAUUUAUUUAUUUGCAAAAUGUAUAAAACUUCAACCAAGGCAAAUUUUAAUAUGGUUAUCAAGUGUUUCUCUAUAGCACACAGGGUAUUUUAUAUCUGUAUGUUUUCUGGUUUUGUAACAAUAUCAAUUUGAAUUCUUUCCAAUAUUUAAAACAAUUCAAAUCUAUGGAAAGGCGAGGGACCAAACGUGGGGCUUUCCUUAUUGUGUUAAAAUGGAAAUUUAUUUCUUUCAAUGUAUUAAAUAGUUAUGUAUUUUUUUUUUAUCUGAAAUAAAAGUUGUAGUAUGUUUAUCA